ACCCAACAGACGCCGGGGGCCGGGCGACUCCCGCGCCUCCAGCUCCUCCCGGUAGCGCCGUGGUACUCGCGCUCCCCCUCGUGGGUCGGCUUCAAGGCCAGCGGCUGGCUUUGGGGCCCAACACCGCAUCGCCCUCCGCCUAGCGUCAGCCUGGAUCAGCGCGUGCGCUCAACUCUGCUCCGCCCAGCGCCAGGCGAGGGGCGACGCCUCGAGGUAAAACCGAGAAAGUGCAGGAGAGGACUGUGUCCAGGCCUAGUUGUCCUGGACAAGCCGAGGCUCAGGGACGCAGGGGACUGGUGAGAUGGCAGAGGAGCAGGACUACCACAGCGCGGAGUCAGAUCCCUACUGUGAGGCAGCGGCGACUGCAGAACCUACGGUGUGUUCAUCCCAAACCCCCGAAGUCGCCGCAAAAUCACCGGAGCCCGAGGACUACAAUAGCAAGUGCGUGUUCUGCAGGAUCGCGGGGCAGCAGGAACCCGGCACCGAACUCCUGUAUUGUGAGAAUGAAGACCUAAUUUGCUUCAAAGAUAUCAAACCAGCAGUACCUCAUCAUUAUCUUGUGGUACCAAAGAAGCAUAUUGGAAACUGCAGAGAUCUAAAGAAAGAUCAAAUAGAACUGGUUGAGAACAUGGUUGCUGUUGGAAAAACCAUUCUUGAAAGGAAUAAUUUCACAGACUUCAAAAAUGUGAGAAUGGGUUUCCAUGUACCACCAUUCUGUUCCAUCUCCCACUUGCACCUUCAUGUUCUGGCACCAGUCGAUCAGCUUGGCUUCUUUUCAAAAUUGGUUUAUAGAGUGAAUUCCUAUUGGUUUAUCACAGCCGAUUAUUUGAUUGAAAAACUAAGAACAUGAAAAUGUCAACAGUGGAAGAUUUUCUUAAUUUUGGCUCAACAUAAACUAAUAUUAUGGUCCCUUUUAAGUCAUUACAAUGGUAAGAUUUGUUGAAUUUUAUGAAGAGCUGUUACUGAGUAGACUUAAAUCUUUUCUGAAUGUCUGUUUCCUGAGAUCUGUAAUAUAGUUACAUGAAUACUUUGUCAUUGACUUGUUUUAAUGGUUACUUGUCUAGGGUAUAAGAUACUAUAGCUAAAAUCCCAUUAAAACAAAUUCUGUUAAUCAAGAAGGGCUCUGUAUUAAAAAUAAUUCAAAUAUUUCAUUUCUCAAUAGUCAAUUAAAAUACUGAUUUAUUAUGAAGAAUAAACUGGUAUAGAAAGUUCUUUGUUGGAGCCUUUAUUACUAUGAAAGAGAAAAAAAUUAUCGACAGUUCCAUAAUUUUGCACAUAAAAUUUCAAAAUAAAGAGUACCAUAUUACACACUGAUCUCUGUUCUCGUUGAUGGAAAGAACUGUAUAUGUGUCACUUUUUACUCAGAUUACAGAUGCUGGUUUUCACUUCUUGAAAUCCAGAACCUUUGUAAUAAAUUUGUCCUAUAUAAUACAUAUGUGAUAAUUUCUAACCAUGGAUUUGCAAUAAUAUAAAUUUGGCUAUGCAAGAGAAUUCACUGUAAUGGGAUUUUACCUGUAAGAGCAUAAAUGGGGAAGCAACAUAAAAUGGUUAUAUUAAUGUAUUAAAACUGUGGCUUUAUGGCUUGUUUAUUUUUCCAAAGGAAAAUUGUAGUUAAAAAGUGAUUGGAUCUAUCUUUUGUCAUGGAAAGGUCAUAGUUUGAAAGUAGAGAUAGUCUUGGAUGAGAAAAUUUAUUUUAAUAACACAAAGUUAAUAUUAUUGAUAUAUCAUUUUAUGAGACAUACUUCUUUAGGAAUUGUCUUUUGUUGCUAAUUUACACUAACAGUAGUGAAUGUGAUUGAAGAGUAGGUACUGAAAGCUAAUCCUACAUUGUGCCUGUUUAUAAUACUGCUAUGUACAUGAAUAUGUGAACAUGAGGCUAAGAUGACUAGUUUUCUUUCUGAUUUUUUUUGGCUUGAUAUUAAACAUAGUUUUAAGUAAUGAAAUAUUAAUUACAAUAUUUAGUUACAGCAUCCGGAAUCAAUAUUGUGUAGUUCAUGCAUUCAUUUAUUCAUCCAGCAAUCAUUUGCUGAGCAUUUAAUGUGUAGCAGACACUGCCAGGAUCAGGAAAUGCAGAAGUGUGAAAGGACAGUUUGCCUUAAGUUGCUAAUACAAGGGUCAGACAAAUCCAGUGAUUACAUUUUAAUGUGUUUAGUGCUAUAACGUCCACAGAAGAGGCUGUGGAGAGGGAAACACGUUCAAGAGCAGGUGGCAGUGAACUGAGUAUUUAAGACUCUGUGUUAGGCAGAUAGAUGGUGAAAAUUUAAGCUCAGAGACCCAGGUGUACUUUCCUUGCAUUCUGCUUCCAUCAUUAUUUACUUUACAGUUGAAAUGAGUGUCCAAAUUCUGUUUAAUCAUUGAAGGUCCAAUGAGGGAUUUGGAGGGGUUAUGGGCUCUCAAAAUUAGAUUUACAAGUUUUUCAGCACUGCUUUAUUAAGUAGCUUGGUGAGCACCCACAAGGCUUUAUAUAUCAGUUUAAAUAUGACCAGCUGAAGAAAAGGAAUAUUUUGCACGUGUACCAUGUUGUAUUAUUUGAAAUUGCAAUAAUGUAAUUGACAAUAUAAUGAUAACAUGUAAGGUAUUUAAGGAAUUCUCAAAUGCCUUAAGGACCUUUUAAAAAAUGUGAUUAGCAAGUUGAUUUAAUUUAUAUAGGAUUAUACUCCCUCAGUAAGUUUUUCUUUUUUGUUGGAAAACGCUUGGAACUUCACAUUUUUAGUAGCAGUUCUCUUUUUAAUUGUAAAGAUUAAUAAUCAAAUUACUACAGUUGAAAUUCACUCAGCCUUUUCAGUAGUAUAAGAAUUUGGUAACUCUCUAGCUAUCCUGUAACAUUAGCUCAACACAAAGCUAAUUCAUGGCCUGUCUUAAAAAUAUUUAAAGUAGUAUCGAGAGCAUUAUUUAUGCAUAUUGUGAUACUGUUUGUUUGUAAUUGAAAAAUUGUAAAAUUAUUAAUAAUGAGCCAUUUCAAACUGUACUUAAUUAGCUAAAAGAAAGCUAAAUAAAUGUGGAAAAAUGUUGUGUCAAA